UUCAUUCACCAUUUUGUGACUGUAGUGGAAAAGAGACGAGCGAUACUUACGAGCGUAUCCUCGUCGGAGUUUCAGUGCGGGGACCUUGGUGAUGUUUGACGGGAGGGAAAAGCAACUCGUCCCCGGAACUUAAAAGUCCUCCGAGUCGACAGCUGGAGGGAUGUUAACGGGUGCCGUGCGGGCUGCCUCAUCCACCGAAUAAGACCAUAAAUCUUUUUUCUUUCGUCCACGCUGAAGAGGAAAAAGCUCCGCUCGGCUGUGCAAUACGGAGAAGACGCCAAGACAGAAGUGCCUUAAAGGAGACGGCGAGAGCGAAAAGGAACGUCGCACAAAUCUGUAUCGAAGAAGAAAUGAGUCCGUUCAAGAGACAGCGGGGCCGAUCACCUUCGUCAUUCCGAGGCCGAGGGGGGCGAAGGAGAGCGGGCGCCAAGCCUCCUCAAGAGAGAGACCCCAAAAGAAUUAAGAGGGAGGCCCUCGGCAAAACCCCACAGAGCACAACCAGCACUUUCUCCAAGCAGGGCCCGCCCGCGGCAGGCGACCUUCAUAAGGAGGCGACCGCAGACAGCGAUAGCCUCAUGAAGGGCGAGCCGACCGGGCCGAGGAAACCGGCUGAGUCAGGCGAUAAGGACGCGGCAAAGACAGCAAAAGAUGUGACGGCGUGCCAAAGUGCGUCCGCCGACUCUGUAGCAUCCCCUACCUCUCCUGCCGCGUCGAAAAGCGCGGCCACGCCGCCCCUCGCCGCCAACCACAACCCCGGCCCGGCUUCUGUGUCGAGCAGAAAAACGGCCACGUUCAAGGCUCGCGUUCCCAAGAAGAAAUACACUUAUGAGCACUUUGCCAACAACGCCACUCCUCCCACCACCCUUCCUACCUCCAGCCCUGCAGCCACAGGCAGCACUUCAUGCAAUAGCAACAGCAAAAUCGGCGACAGUGUGAAUCUGACGAUCAAUCACCUGAAGAACUGCAACAAUAUUAGUCAUACGAAAACAGAUGCCAGUGUAAACGCGACAAAAAAUAUCACUAGCGUGCCCAAUAGCAGUUUAAAUUGCAGAAGCAAUGCCCGCUCAGGUAAUCAGUCAUCGGUUCAACAAGUGAUCAGUAAGCCCACCGAAGAUAGUGGGGCUCUCAGGAGAGUAGCCCCCCGAGAAAAAGAGUCCCAGGUGGGGGAGAACGAAUCGGAGGGGGCCCCCAACUCAAUACGCUCUUCCUCCACCGACACAGCCAGUGAGCACUCCGCUGAUCUCGACGUGACGGAGGCAAACGGACCACGCAACCGAAAGACCCCGGCCCCCUUUCUGAACUCGCUGCCCAAGGGGGUCAGUGAUACUGGCGGGCUUGCUGAAGCACUUGCCAAAGGUUUGAAAAACCAGAGAGUCUUGGCUCGCCAGAUGAGAAGCUCCACAGAGAGCGGUGUCGGCACCGCAGGCCAGCGUGGGUUCAGGGAGAGAGACUCGUGCCCCAUGUCCCCGGUGUUCAGACCUGGUGUGGUGAGGGAGGUAAGUGGGGGUACAGUCGAAGUCCAGCUGCAAGGAAAGGACGCGAUUGUUAAAUAUCCUUUUGACGGCGGAACCAUGAUGACAGUAUCAGCAUCCGGGAGCGUUGUAGAAUUAAUUUUGGAUGCACCCCCACCAGGCAUGUCGCCUGUUGCGGUUAGUACCAAAGUGUGUGUGCCAUUUGGCGGAGAGGAGGGGGGUCCUUUGCUGUACAGAGAGGGGGUCAUAUCUCAGGUGGACCCUCACCCGGGUGUCUCGUUCCCCUACCAGGUGGUUCUGAGUGAAGACGGAGAGACCUCGGUUGGUGGCACUGGCCGUCAGGAGGGAGAUCCAAGUAAAGCCCAGACUGUGUGGGUUUCCCGGCAGAGUCUGAGACUUCUCACCCCUCCCUGGGAUGUCCCGCACAUGGAAGGUGGCGGAGUGCGGGACAGAGAGCGCGACAGGGAAAGAGAAGAAAGGGAGUGGAGGGAGGAGAUGGAGGUGGAGAGAGAGGUUUGCCAGUUGAGUAGUGGAAUGGGUGUACUGGGAGGGGGAGCGAGGCUGAGCCACGGCUUGUCUCAUCAAAGGGUUGCCGUGGGGCAUCCCUAUGGAAACGUACAUCCGCCUCCGCAUCCCUCGACCGUUCCUCCGAGUCGGGGGUCCACCGCCGUCUACUCAGACAGAGAAAGACCCAAACAAGUCAACAUCCCAGAGGAAGACGUUGAGGUAUCUCGUCUUAACAUGUCCGCUGCGCCCAAGACGAAUUCCACCACGUCACAGCACGGAAAUAUCAUUUCCAAAUCCGGUAGCUUACACCCAUCCUCACCCCACCUCUCGGUGGUGAGGGCUUUGGGCCCCCCUCAUUUCUCCACCCUGGCCAGCCCCCAGCCUCCUCCUUCACCUGCCUUACUCAGUUCCGAAAUGAACAACACCGCGCCAAAUCUACCUCCAACCAAGAUCAAUCCCAGUCAGACCACUACACCCUCGUCCGCCGGGGGCAAUUCCUCUACCUCUUCUCGCUCCAGGACGCCGCUCUCCUUGGCUCAGAAGUACAAGAAGGGGGACGUCGUGUGCACCCAGAACGGCAUCCGUAAAAAGUUCAACGGCAAGCAAUGGAGAAGGCUGUGCUCCAGGGAGGGCUGCAUGAAGGAGUCCCAGCGUCGCGGCUAUUGCUCCAGACACCUGUCGAUGAGGACCAAGGAGAUUGAGGCCGCCGGAGGAGCCGAGCGAGCCGGAGGGGGCAGCAGCUCAGGGACCGUGACGCCGUCUGACCUGCGGGGCAGAGCCAGCAGUGAGUUUGAAUGGGAUGACACGUCAAGGGAGAGCAGCGAGACGAGUAGCAGGGGAGACUCCAGACCCCGCUUGCUCCUCCCCUCCGUCCUCCCCCACGACCUGUCGGCACGCUUCGACUUUGACGAGUGCGAGGCGGCCACCAUGCUGGUGUCGCUGGGAAGCUCCCGCUCCGGCACCCCGUCCUUUUCGCCCAUCUCCAACCAAUCCCCCUUCUCCCCCGCCCCCUCCCCUUCACCCUCCCCGCUGUUUGGCUUCAGGCCAGCGAACUUUUCCCCGAUCACCGCCUCCCCGGUUCUUCAACACCGUCGGCACAGGCAGCCGAGCGGCACGGGGGGAGGAGGGGGAGGGGGCGGCAAGGCGCCCACCCCGGCAGGGGGGGGAGAACGAGAGAGACACACUUCAGGCAUCCAGCCGACGUUCCACAGCAACCUGACGUUUACGGUGCCGAUGAGCCCCAGUAAACGAAAGCCAGACGCACCCCCUGCGCCGCCCCCGCCCCUGCACCACCACAAUUACACGCCCAAGACAGAGCUGGAGCAGAGCGACCUCAACAACUCUUUCAGAGUGCUGUCCCCGCAGACACCGGCGGCACAUUCCCACACACCCACCUUUUCCAGGCCGAGGGGCGCCACCCCGCCCUCCUCCGGCAGGCCGCCGUCCUCCACAGCCGCCUCGCCUCCGCCUCUGCUCGUGUCCCCGGCACCUCCGUCCCCUCUGACCCCCGACGGAGGGCCUCGUCGCGUAGUCCCUGUGUCCCAGCAGAACUUGCGGGACUCCCCUGUCAUUGUGAGGAAUCCCGACGUCCCGCUGACAAAAUUCAUAGAGUGUCCCUUAGGAAAAAGAGGUGAAAAAGACGGAGGGGUCGAACCUCCUUUAUCUAAAGACAACAACAUCACCACCUUCGCGCCCCAACCAAUUUCCGGCCUCCAGGUUCCCGUACCCAUCAACGCCGCUGCAGCCCCAGUUCCCAAUGGUACCGUCCUUUUGCGAAGUCCAGCCCAAACUUUGCUGCUAGUGUCCCCUUCGCCGUCCUCUCUGCCCACAUCGGACAUCCCUACCGCCGCCCCGCUGCAAGCCCUCUCCGUCACCGUCAGCACAACGGUCGCCGGCCCUGUUCCGUGCGGCACAGACGGCUCUGGGGAACGAGGGGAGGCCCGGGGCUUUGAGGGAGAGGUGCAGCAGCCCGUCCCCUGCCACCCUUCCCCGACGGCACUCCUGCCCCUGAUCCUGCCCGUGGAGAGCCAUCACCCCGCGCCACGAAAGGACAUCAUCAUGGGACGGCCCGGCACAGUGUGGACAAAUGUCGAGCCCCGGUCCGUUCCAGUUUUCCCCUGGCAUUCUUUAGUGCCCUUCCUGGCACCCACCCAAUCAGAUGCCGCCUCCCAACCGGGGGAGGGUCAACACCCUGUCAAUCACCCCCACGCAACCACUCCAAAGACAGAAUGUCAGACGGGGGCGGGACCACCCCCCAAGCCCGCAGAGGCCCCUCAGAUUUUGGAGAGGGGUCCCCCGACUCGGAACGUGACCGCACCCGAGGAAUCGGAGAAGGAGAAAGCGGACACGGAAAGGGAGAAGCCCGACAGUGACACGGAAAGCGAUGUGGAUGACCCCUUCCUUCCAGGCGUUGUGCCUGAGCAGCCCCUCUCUACGUCUCCUGUGAAGCGACGUACCCAAUCCCUCGGUGCGCUGCCCAAAGAUGGGGACAAGAGCAGCCCCGGAAAGCGGGAGAAGGACCACAUUCGGCGACCGAUGAACGCCUUUAUGAUUUUCAGCAAGCGCCAUCGGGCGUUGGUUCAUCAACGCCACCCCAACCAGGAUAACAGGACCGUCAGCAAGAUCCUGGGCGAGUGGUGGUAUGCCCUCGGACCGAAAGAGAAACAAAAGUACCACGACCUGGCCUUCCAGGUAAAAGAAGCCCACUUUAAGGCUCACCCAGACUGGAAGUGGUGCAACAAAGACAGGAAGAAGUCCAGCUCCGAAGGUCGCGGUGUCCCCGGGGGCAAAGACAUCCGUGAGAGGAGCAUGUCUGAGUCCACGGAGCUGCAUUCUGCGGAGAUGAAGGGGGUGGUGGGCCAGGGUCUGGCGGGCAUGUCAGAGAGGAAUCAGACUUCUGAGGGUCAUAUGAGUCAGCUGACGCGUCCCAGAGCCUUCUCGCAAAGUGCCGUGCACAGCAUGGAGAGGGGCGACAGAGGCAAUACACAAGCCCUGGCAGAACUGGCACAGAUGUGUGGAGAUGGGGGUGGCCAAUUUUCCAGCCACGCUCCACCCCUGUCACAGUCACAGCGGGGCGUCAGCGAGGACAUGACCAGCGACGAGGAGCGCAUGGUCAUCUGUGAGGAGGAGGGCGAUGAUGACGUCAUCGAGGAUCCUUAUCCAAGCAGCUCCAUUGACCUCAAGUGCAAGGAGCGGGUGACUGAUAGCGACAGCGAGAGAGGUUCCGGUGACGAGAGCGCUCAGAAGCGAGUCUUCGCCCCAGUCAUCUGCUCCACGGCGGCCUCCUCUUCCUUGCAUCACGGGCGGAGCGCGUCCCUGUCUUCCUAUCCGGCCGGCAAGCGCUACGAAGAUGGGAGGUCAGGGGGGUUUUCCGACCCCCGCAAGAGGGGAGAAGGAGACGUGAACGACUCUUUCGGGGGUGAAACGGGAGCGGUGCACGCCUCCCCUCUCUCCCUCUCGCUUUCCUCAGGCCAGUCGGUUAUCCCCGCGUCGCCUUCCCACCUCGGCAUCGGCGCCGUGCGGGUGGCCUCCACCGUGUUGACCAACGUGAUGCGCCCUGUCAUCAGCACGCCGCUCCCCAUCGUCAGCAAACCUCGAGACGGCGGAGCCUCGUCCAGCCCGCACCCACCCGAGAGGAAGCCCCUGACGCUCCAACAGCCGCAACUCCUGAUCGGCUCGGCCCCGGGAAGCAGCGCAACGGCCUUGCCGAGCGGCUACUCCUCCACCCCGCCGCCUGGCCCCGUGGGUGCCGGGGUGGUGACUAAUUUAGUCCUCGGGGGCGCUCUGCCGGGGCAGCCCGCCGUGCAGCUCAUCAGCCCGUCUCCACAGCCUCAGCCCCCGUCCUCCAACAGCCACUCCAACGGACCCCUGCCUCUGCCCCUGCUCCAGCCCCAAUUCCUCCCUGCUCCCUCCCUUGCGCCCCCGGGGGGUAAGGCCAUCACGCAGGUGCAGUACAUCCUCCCCACCCUCCCCGCCAACCCCAAGAGCCCGCCGCAGCAGCUCUGUCAGCCGACCAGUAUCUUCAACCUGCCCGCGGCGCCGCCCACGCACGUGCCCUUGGCCAAUGGGAAGCAACAGAGUCACAGUUCGAUCGUGUGUUAUUCGUCCAGUCCAGGUACAAGAGUGCAAACACAGUCCCCGGUGCUCCAGGGUAAAAUGGUUGUCCCCAUGGCGACGGUACGCACCGCGCCGGGUCCUGCCCAGCAGUUUCCUCUUGUGGCCCCGCCUCUUCCUGUCCAGAACGGCGCUCAGGCAGGAAGCAAGAUCAUCCAGAUCGCCCCCAUGCCUGUGGUCCAGUCUCAGCUGCCUCAAGGAGGGGCAGUCCACCCCGCCAGUCCCUUCCCCGUGACAAUGGCCACCGCUGCCAUCGUGGCUCCAGGGCCUGCGGCCCCCUCGCAGGCUGUUCUGCUGCCGCCUCCAAGCACCAGGAUCACCUAUGUGCAGUCCACUCCCGGGGUGCCAUCCUCUCUGCCCUUGGUGCCCACGUCAGCGGCCUCCUCGUCCUCGUCUUCCUGCACCUCCCAGCAAGCGCUGCCGAUACCCGGCUCAGCAUACGUGCCACCUCCCCUGGCGACCCUUGGCUUCACCACCAUCCCGCCGCCUGGCCAGACGUUGGUUCAGCCACUGAUCGCUGGUCAACCGCCUCUCCUGGCCACAGCGCCGUCUCCGCAGCCCCCCACCUCGGCCCCCGUCUGCGGUUCCGGUGGCCAGAUCCUCACCGCCAUCUACCCUCCUUCGCAGAGUGUCACCAUGGCGACCGGGGUGGUCUCCAUGGAGGCCAUACCGCCUAGCACGGCAGUCUAUUCAGUCUCCAGCCCCUCCAGCGUUUCCAGCCACAUCAUGGCUAAACACACGGCGCCCCCCGCCGCCAUCACGGUGCCCCAGCCGCCUCAAGAGCGCCACCUGGCUGCUGACAGAGCUGCAGACAAGCAGGCUGAGAGGCAGCCGGAGGUGCUGAUGCAGCCAGAACGCCAGGCUCAGAGCGCCAUAACCAGCAGCUCAGCAGCGCCUCCUGGUGGACCCGUUGUUGCUGCAAGGUCCUGCAGUCCGCUUCAAAUCCAAACAACUGCCAGCGCACCCGGAACACUCAAACUCAGCCACCUCCCAACCAGACCCCCCCAGAAAGUGAAGGCCACACUGGCCAGCAUCCCGGUAGGCAGCUACGAGGGAGGGGGGCGGGGCAAGGAGCGUGAAAAGGAGCGGGAGAAGGAAAGGGAAAAGGAGGCCGCGGCCGCCUCAUCCAACAGCCACUUCUCCUUCGACACGGAACCGUCGGGACCGACGUCUGCGUCUCCCACUUCGCAUUCAGCUGAGGAGCCUUUGUCCUGUGACAGCACAGCAGAAACCACCAGAGAGGCUGGAUGGAAGGACUCCCUCCCUUCCUCUCCCGUGCCUCCCCCAUUAGCCACUGAGCCCACCCUUCCGCCCCCGCACACCGACAAAGAAGCGCCGCUGCCAAAGAAGAUCAAAGCCCGCCCCCCACCUUUAAAAAAGACCUUUGACUCCGUGGACAAGUCGGGAAGGGUGCUGUCGGAGGUCUACUUCGAGGAGCGCUUCGCCGAGCUGCCGGAGUUUCGACCCGAGGAGGUGCUGCCGUCGCCGACGCUGCAGAGCCUCGCCACAUCCCCCCGGGCCAUCCUGGGCAGCUAUCGACGCAAGAGGAAGAACUCAACAGACUUGGACUCGGCUACCGAUGAUCAAGUGUCUCCAAAGAGGAAGAGUCGGCGGCGUUCCAGCUGCAGCUCGGAGCCGAACACGCCAAAAAGCGCCGCCAAGUGCGAGGGCGAUAUCUUCACCUUCGACCGGCCAGGCACUGAUGGCGAGGACAUCCUGGCCGAACUGGAGUUUGACAAAGUGCCGUAUUCGUCCCUGCGACGGACGCUGGACCAGAGGAGGGCGUUGGUGAUGCAGCUGUUCCAAGAGCAGCAGGGCUUCUUUCCAUCAGCUCAGGCCACGGCCGCCUUCCAGACCAGGUACUCGGACAUCUUCCCCACCAAGGUGUGUCUGCAGUUGAAGAUCAGGGAAGUCCGGCAGAAGAUCAUGCAGACGGCCACCCCGGCCGACGCCUGUCUCACCGUCCCCGCUGACUCGUUGCCCGGACCCUCUGGUGCCCAGUCGGGUGACGGGCCUGGGAGGGAGGAUGAGGAUGCAGAACCCGGAGCCGAGGAGGAUCCCGGCGACUCGCAGGACUCUUCCAGAUGAGGACUUUUUGCCACCAUGUGGACUUGUAUUCCCAUCUCUGGAAGCCCAGUGUGAUGUACGUUUAGAAUAAGAGAACCAAAAAGUAAAAAGUUGGACAAGCCGUGGUGUCUGUAUUGAGAUUCCGGAACGUUGGAUGGAUUCCCCGGAACUUUCCCAUGGAUGUUCACAAAGACCAAAUGUGUUGAUUGGCGUUAAAAAAAAACAAACAAAAAAAAAAACGUUUAUCUUGAUUUGUUUUGAAUGAUGUUAAGAGGGAAAGUCGUCAAAAUUCUUUUUUUUUUUCCCCGGAUGUAGAGCGUUGCUUCCAUUAAGUUUCUGCUGACAUUCUGGGGGGCUGGGACCCUCAAGACUUUGUCCAACCCUAAACCGUCGGCAUGAUCAGUCGCUUUGCUUUUCCAGUCGACCGACAGGCUGCUUCCGGAGAGCUCUUUAAAAAACAAACAACAACAAAAAAAACGACUGCAGAGUUGACAGAAAGUGGACGUCCUGGCUGUGCCAACAUUCCUGCUGUACCCUGCAUCGUAGUCUGAAGGAAGCAAACAUUCCCGUGCCUCUCAUUGCUUACGCAUGAAGGAAGGAGGUUAGUCCAUGGUGGCCAUUUUUAUGGACUUUGGGUUUUUUUUUUU